AUGGAGGAAUCGACCAAGCCGCUGAGUCUCGACGAGAAGGCUGUCAAUCACAAAAAUGCAACUCAUGCCAGCGAUGAAAAGAAAAAGGCCAUCCUCGAGGCGUGCAGCCAAAGGGACUUGGACGCUCUGAGGGCGCUUGCACAGUCACCGGGGGGUUUCUUGGCCGAUAGUAUCCGUCAGCGGGCAUGGCCGGUACUUCUGGGACUCCCCUCCGACAACCCCAAAACAGGAUCUAGCCCCAAUGGAACGGCUUCGGUUCCCGCAUGGGAAUCCCUCCCGCGUCAUAGAGAUGAAGACCAAGUUCAGCUCGACGUAAACCGCUCCUUCAUCUACUACCCAGAGCACCAAACCGAAGCCCAACUCGCCCACGCCAAACCCCUCCUCUCCUCCCUCAUCGUCUCCGUGCUCCGCACCCACCCCUACCUCUGCUACUUCCAAGGCUACCACGACAUCGCCCAAGUCCUGCUCCUCACCCUGCCACCCCCCCUCCACCAACCCAGCCUCACCCACCUCUCGCUCUUCCACAUCCGCGAUUUCAUGCUCCCCUCCCUCGCCCCAGCCAUCGCCCAACUCCGCCUGCUCCCGGACAUCCUACGCCUGGCCGACCCAGCCCUCUGGCGCCACCUCUCCGGCACGGAGCCCUUCUUCGCGCUCUCCGGCACGCUCACCAUGUACGCGCACGACGUGACCACCCAGGGCGAGAUCGCCCGGCUGUUCGACGCCCUGUUGGCGGCGCCCGACCCGGCCUUCAGCGUCUACCUGUUCGCCGCCAUCGUGCGCGCCCGCCGCGCCGAGCUGUUCGACACCCCGCCCGACGAGCCCGAGAUGCUGCAUAGCAUCCUGUCCAAGCUACCCGUGCCGCUGGACCUGGAGGGCUUGAUUGCGCAGGCGGUGCGGCUGCAGGCCGAGUUCCCUCCGGAGCGGUUGCCCGCGUGGAGGAAGGGGGUCUCGAGGUGGAGUGUGUUGAAGACGGGGAGGAGGUGUGGGGAGGGCGCGGGCUUGGUUCGGGUGGAGCAGGGGCGGGUGUGGUUUGAGCGGCAGGUGAGGGAGCUGAGGUGGCAGGAGACGAGGGAGCGGGCGGGGAAGUGGGUGUGGAAGCAUCGCCGGCCGGCGGGGAUGGUUGGCGCUGCCGUGCUGGUCGGGGUGCUGGCGGUGCUGUUGCGGCGGGGGCCGUUGCCUGGCCCCGUGGUGUCCGGGCUGGGGUGGGUGUCGGAGUAUGUGGUGAGGUGGUGCGUAGUGGUGUGUGUCGAGAUUGUGUUUCUAGAACGGUCAUAA